CAGAAAUAAAGAACAAUAACAGGAGCCAGGUUGCAACCAUAGCAACGCCACCGGUGUGCUGUUCUCCUUAAAGUGGUGUGGAUGGAAAGAGGGAUGCUGCUCUGAACUCCACACUCCCACUCCCGCCCAGUCUCACCCGGUUCAAGGUACUGGGAGUGUCCAUCUGUGUGUCUGUCUGUCUCUGUCUGUGUGUCUCUGCCUGUGAUGGAAGAGGCAGAGGAUAGCGAGGAGGAGCCCAAAUUCCUGCGCCCUCAACCAGCAGCACCCCAACUAACCGAGGAUGAUCAUGGGAGCCGUGGAGGACCCACGAUGAAGAAAUUGACGGCAGGAGGCGGGGCCGCGUCCGCCGCUCGCAAAAACUCCUACAACAAUGAGCUGUGGCUCCUGCAAGACGAGGACUCCACACCUGUCAGUGCCAGUGCCAGCAGAGCCUGCGCUCUGUUGUGCCAGAGGGCUGCUGGUGCUGCUGGCGGCUCACAGUCUGGAGAGACAGUCUCAGAGGGACGCGUGAGAGGAGAAGUAGCCAUCGCAAUGAUAUGCAACAAAAACGGAGACUGUAGAAGGGACCCGACCAGUUCAGGGAGCCUCUCCUCUCUCAUUUCAAAGCAGGAGAGGCAGACAGAUGGAGGAGUAGCUGAGGAGGACUGUACGAGGCAGGUCGCAGUCAUGGAUGGUUCCAUCACUUCAGCGGGGUCCCUGAAUCAGUUGUCCGGGGCCGAGGUCAAGACCACGGCAACGAUGGAGAAAAAGGACUCCAGAGUCUCGUUCUCCAACACCCCGGCUAGUAAAGGGCAGACUCCGAGUCAGCAGUCGAGAAACUCUGUGACAUUCUCCAAGGCUGAUGAUGGCUCUCAGAUAGUGCCGGCCGAUGGAGACUCCAGGGGGAAUCAGACGUACAUGCAGCGGCAGUUCAGCGCCAUGCUUCAGCCCGGGGUGAACAAGUUCUCCCUGCGCAUGUUUGGCAGCCAGAAGGCUGUGGAGAAGGAACAGGAGCGCGUAAAGUCAGCGGGUAACUGGAUUAUACACCCAUACAGUGACUUCAGGUUCUACUGGGACUUCUCAAUGCUCAUGUUUAUGGUGGGCAACCUGAUCAUCAUCCCUGUUGGCAUCACCUUUUUCAAAGACGAGACCACCACGCCCUGGAUCAUCUUCAACGUGGUUUCUGACACCUUCUUCCUCGUGGACCUAGUGCUGAACUUCAGGACGGGCAUCGUGUUCGAGGACAACACCGAGAUCAUCCUGGACCCUGAGAAGAUAAAGAAGAAGUACCUGAAGACCUGGUUUGUGGUGGACUUUGUCUCCUCCAUACCUGUGGAUUAUAUCUUCCUCAUCGUUGAGAAGGGGAUCGACUCAGAGGUGUACAAGACGGCCCGGGCGCUCCGCAUCGUACGCUUCACCAAGAUACUCAGUCUGCUGCGGCUGCUCAGGCUGUCCAGACUCAUCCGCUACAUCCACCAGUGGGAGGAGAUCUUCCACAUGACCUAUGACCUGGCCAGUGCUGUGGUACGAAUAUUCAACCUGAUUGGUAUGAUGCUGCUGCUGUGUCACUGGGAUGGCUGUCUCCAGUUCCUUGUUCCCAUGUUGCAGGACUUCCCCUCUGACUGCUGGGUCUCCCUCAAUAAGAUGGUGAAUGACUCAUGGGGCGAGCUUUAUUCCUUCGCCCUCUUUAAGGCCAUGAGCCACAUGCUGUGCAUCGGAUAUGGAAGACAAGCCCCAGAGAGCAUGUCAGACAUCUGGCUGACCAUGCUCAGUAUGAUUGUCGGGGCCACCUGCUAUGCCAUGUUCAUUGGCCACGCCACAGCACUCAUCCAGUCUCUGGACUCAUCCAGACGGCAAUACCAAGAAAAGUACAAACAAGUGGAGCAGUACAUGUCUUUUCACAAACUACCGGCAGACUUCCGACAGAAAAUCCAUGACUACUACGAGCACAGAUACCAGGGCAAGAUGUUCGAUGAGGAGAGCAUCCUUGAGGAGCUUAAUGAGCCUCUGCGCGAGGAAAUCGUCAACUUUAAUUGUCGUAAGCUGGUGGCCUCCAUGCCGUUGUUUGCCAAUGCUGAUCCCAACUUUGUGACAGCCAUGCUUACCAAACUGAGGUUUGAAGUCUUCCAGCCCAAAGACUACAUCGUCAGAGAGGGCACCAUCGGCAAGAAGAUGUACUUCAUCCAACACGGGGUGGUCAGUGUCCUCACCAAAGGGUCCAGCAGCAUGAAGCUACUGGACGGCUCAUACUUUGGAGAGAUCUGUCUGCUGACCCGUGGCAGACGGACGGCCAGUGUUCAAGCGGACACUUACUGUCGCCUGUACUCGCUCUCUGUGGAUAACUUCAACGAGGUGCUGGAGGAAUAUCCCAUGAUGAGGAGGGCCUUUGAGACGGUCGCUAUUGACAGAUUGGACAGGAUAGGCAAGAAGAACUCCAUCCUGAUGCACAAAGUUCAACAUGAUCUGAACUCAGGCGUUUUCAACAACCGUGAGAAUGAGAUGAUCCAGGAGAUUGUUAAAUACGAUCGGGAGAUGGUUCAACAAGUUGAGGUACCACGCCAGCGGGCCAUGUCCUUGACGCCUUCUUUACAUGGUGGCAUCUUUUCUUCUCCAAGUUCCUCUCCCCAGCCACCAAAUUCUGCAAUUGCCACUUUGCAGCAGGCUGUAGCCAUGAACUUUUGUCCCCCCAUGCAAGGGAAUUCAGUAGGAGCAGGGAAUCUGCAGUCCCCCAGGAUGGUUCGGAGAUUCCAGGUAAUGGAAAAUGUACCCAGCCCUGUCUCAGCCUCUCCACUGCAGUCUCAACUCUUUGCUCCUGUUACCUUUGCUCCCAUCAUGGCCAGCCCUCCUGUCCAGAGCCCACUGGCAGCUGGAGGGCGAUCACUUCAGUAUGGAGCCGGUGCCAUGGCCGGUCCAACCUCAGGCUCCCAGCUUUCUCUAGCCCAGCAGCACAUACCCAGCCCUGCACACCGGCCAAGCACGCAUAAGAGCACCCAUUCCUUGCAUAUGGACAGUCUGAGCCAAGAUGCCAGGGCACUGUCUGCCUCUCAGCCCUCACUGCCUCAUGAGGGAGCACAGCCAGGUGCUCCUAGUCCCUCUCACUCUACACGAGUCUCUUCCACUUCUAUUGGACCCAGUCAGACCCCAUCUGGUCCCACAGGUGUCCGGAGUGGAAUUCCUCAUAGGGUUAUUCUGCCCCACCAGAUGUCCUUCCCUGUAGCAUCCCUACCUGGGUCCAUGCAGGGGGCUGGUGCUGGACUGGCGGUAGGGGGUUUGGGAACAGGUCUUGGAGACUCAGGACUACCCAAGAAAGACUCAAUAACGAGUCUUCCUGAGACAGAACAUGUCAAAGUUAGAUCCAGGCUUUCCUCAAAUUUGUGAUCUUAAUGAGACUCUUCCGAAGGAGUGACUCAAUCAGGGGUUUGACUGCAGGAGUGGGGAUUUUUAUUCUUUCUCUUACAGUUCCUCUUCUCUGUUCCCACUCCUGUUUGACUAUCCGAAUGUAUGAAUGUUGAGUGACUGGCAGUAGGGAGAAUCUAAAGAGACUGUUCCUAGAUUAUAAAGUCUGUAAGGUGACUUUUGGAUCUGCAGCAUUGAGAUAUUUCUACUUACCGAUUAAGUAGUUGCACAAAUCAGUAGUGGUAAAGUAGCAUCUUCCCUUCCCUGACUCUUUUUACUUUAUUUCACCAAAUAGUCAAUAACUUGGUAUUUAUGCUUCACUAACCCAUCAUUUCAUGAAAACCUGGGUUCAGAUGGAAAUAAAAAAAAUCAGGGACCUGCUUUGGAUAUCAAAUGUCACAAUCAAGGAGUUUACCAACUAUAUCGCCCACAUUUUGUAAGUACAGAAUUUUGUCAAACUGACUACAGAAGUUAACUUUCUCAUAAACGCAUGAUCAUUUUGGUUUCAUGAAAAGCUCUUUUAACAUUGAAAUGGUAUUUUUCUUUCGUAUACUAAGUAUCUAUUUCGUAUGUAGAAGUGUGAGGGCCAUUCUUCUUUUAGAAUAAAGUCAUAAUUUUGAGAAAAGAGUAGUUAUACGAAUUCAUAAUUAUAGUCUAUGGUAAGCUUGCAUGUUAAUUUGAAGGGAAAGAUCAGAAAAGCAGCCAGGGCAGAGAAUACUGUGAAGUUACACUCUAGUGUAGGUUUUCAUUAAUGAUUAAACUCUCAGCCAAUGUGUCAUUUUCAGGAUUUGAAGAGGGUUUGCAAGAAACUGAGUCUUGAAUAAGGGCAGUCUGAUGAGGCAACAUGUGAACCCUCUACACUUUAGUGCAGGCAGCUGGCUGUUUUUCUGAUAUCCUCCAAUGUAUUUUUUAUACAUGGAUUAACAAUAGCCUGGAUUAGACUUCUUUGUCAUAACAUUCCAACUUGUCUCGAGAUUAUGACUAUGUAUCCAUAAAAUUAGGAGUGAAUUAUUGUAAUAUUAUGACUCUAUUCUCAAAAACUCAAUAAACCUUUCAUCUUUCAGAGUAUAGCCCUUAACCUCUAUCAUACUACUGACCAGAUGUGUAAGCAUUAUGUUUUAUGAGUAUUAUUAGCUAAGGGAUAAUUUUACUACCCCAAUUCUAAAAAAAAAGUUGGGAUGCUGAGUAAAAUCUUAAUGAAACACAUUUUGAUGGUUUACAAGUCAUUUAAACCAUAUUAGUGCUAAGACAACAUAAUACAAAUUAAUAAUUGUAUUGCUUGUGCAAAAUAUAUGCUCAUUUUAAGUUUGUUGCCAGCAACAUGGUUCGAAAGAGUUUUGGACAGAGGUAUGCUUAUCUUCUGUUAAAUCACCUCUUCUUUUAACAACACUCUGUAAAUAUUUGGGAACUGAGGAGACCAGUUUCUUGAUUGCUGAAGUCUUGCCUGACAUAAGAUUUCAGCUGUUCAACAGUUCAGGGUCUCCUUUGUUGUAUUUUUCAUUUUCAUGGUGCGCUAAAUGUUUUCAAUGGUUGACAAGUCCAAACUGCAGACAGGCCAGUCAAGCAUCAGGACUUUUCUACUACAGAGCCAUGCUGUUGUAAUACAUGCAGAAUAUAGUUUUGCGUUGUCUUCAAUGUCUUGAUGAAAUAUGCAGAAGUCUUCCCUGGAAAAAAGGCAUUGUUUGGAUGGCAGCAUAUAUUGCUCCAAUACCUGUACUGCUCAACAUUAAUGGUGCCUUCCCAGAUGAUCUACUCAUGCCAUAAGCACUUGUACAUCCCCAUACAAUCACGGCUGCUUGCUUUGAACUGUGUGCUGAUAACAUGCUGAGUGGUCUCUCUCCUCUUUAAGAGUGGAGGAUUCAUUAUCCAUGAUUUCCAAAAAGAAUGUCAAAUUUUGACUCGUCAGACCACAAGACAGUUGACCACUACACCUUUCUGGAUCAUGUUUCUAAAAAGUUUUCCUCCUGUAGCGACAAACUAUGUUCAUACAAAAUGGUUUUUAGACAUGAGUUCAUGCAGUGAUAUCCACUGCAGAGUCAUGUCUGUUUCUAUCGCAGUACCGCCUGAGGACCCUAAUAUUGUGGCCCUUCAAUAGUGAUUUUCAGCCUUGUCCCCUUUAUACAGAUUUCUCCAAUUCCUCUUAAUCUCUUAAUUACAUGACAUACUGUAGAUGAACAGACUUCUAGAUUCUUCCCAAUUUUAAACUGGGGAGCAUUAUUCUGAAAUAGUUAUUAGUUAUUAUAAUUAUUUGCUCAUGUAGUCAAUCACAGAGUGUUGCAGCCUCUCUGGAAUGCCCUUUUGAUACCCGGACACGUUACUAACCUGUUGCAAGUUUUACCUUAUUAGUUGGGAGAUGUUCCUCCAGGUGUUUUGUCUAAGCGUUACACAAUUUUUGUAGUGUUUUGUUGUCUGAGAUUUGUUGCUGGUAUAGAAAUUAAAGUGAGAAUAUAUUUUCCAUGAAAUCAACAUUUGAUGUGUUAUCCUUGCAGGUUUUCAAAUAAAUAUCAGGUUUAAAUAAUGCAUAAACCUUCAAAGUCCGUUUUUUUUCUCCAACAUUAUAGAGUUUUGAUUGAAAAUAAAAUAAAUAAAAAAACACAGGUGUUUGACAUUAUUUCUCUCUAAAUUCCGAGCCAUAUUACCCUCAGACUUUAGAUAUAAAGUAUGAAUUAGUUCACUUAAAGACAAUGUGAUAUUUUCAUAUUGUAUUUUAAGUCUCCCCUGCCUUUAAACCACCCUUAAGAUAGAUAAUUUAUUCCCUGGGAUAAGAUAUAAAGCAAUGAAAUUGUUCCAUUUUGUAAUUAAGUCUGAGGGACAUAUUGUCUGUUUCUAGCCGAGACAUUGAUCGAUAGAGGAGACAUCUGCAAUUUGUUUUUUUAAAUAUGCAUUAUCUAUAUAUUUAGAUCAACAGUGGAACAAAUAAUGUAAAUAAAGUUGUGCAGAAAAAUAUCACUCAACUUUGCAUCUCUACAAAGCUUUUUAAUCUUUAUUUGUUCUUUUUCCAGAACUUUUUUUUCCAGCAAAAACUUCCUCAAAUCCUCAGAACAAAAGACAAAUAAAUAUCAAACUAACAUACCCACAGAUUAAUGUAGCUUCAACAUUUACAACAUCUGAGAGAAAUAACACUGACUUAAAGCCACUUCUUAUUAACAGCAUAUUUUAUUUUGAAGCAAUUGGUUUAUGGAGUAUAGCGGCGAGAGCAGUUCAUUCCCCCAUUUUGUAUGUUAAUUGUAGGACUGCAGUAAUAGACUGCAAUGCAACUUUAUACGACUCAAAAUGUAAAUCCAUUCAAACCCUCACAUUGAAAUUAUGAAUCAAUUUUUUCCCAACCGUAAUCUACAUUUCUUGCAGCAGCAGUUGUAAUGGCCAUGUGUCACUGUGCCAGUCAGUAGAUAAUGAGACUCCUGCAAAGCUCAACUUCACUGCAAGUUUUACAGUUUAAUCAGAAGCCAAGGACAGUGAAGAGACUCUGCAGGAUUUGUAUUGCAGUGGGCCUCUGUCAUUAAUUCUUCUAUAAGAAUGCCAACGAUUUGUGUCCAAAGCAUUAAAAAGGGACCUUUUCUCCCAGACCUGACAUUCUUUCUGCCUCAUCUCACUAAAGCCUGAACCAUUACUGGAUAAUGAGAGUGGAAAUUGGAAUCCCUCUGGCCUGUUUAGGACCGUUAUUAUUCUCCUUCAAUUGGAUUUUAUUAUACAGUGCCAAUGAUGAGUUCAUUCUCUAUGAUCAUCCUGCAUUUCAUUUUGUUUUGUUGUAGUUCCUGCUUUGCUAUCCACCUUGAGAGUUCCCAAUGAGUUAAAGUUGAAGGUUCUUGCAAAGUAUUUUUAAGCAGAAUUUUUGAGAUCUACUGUGUUUUGUUUUGGCAUCAAAUUAUGCCCUGUGGAACCUAUUUGAAUGCCCAAAAUGAUAAAUAUAGAUGUUUGUUAUGAGAAUAUUGCUUUACUGAACUCCACAAAAUAAUUUGGUCCUAAUCAACCCCACAUUCUUCAUUAAAACUAAAGAAAAAAGGCCUUAAAAUUUCCUGUAUGCAAAAGUUUAAUGUGUUAGGAUAUGGAUAUAAUGGAGUAAAAAAAAUCUGUACAAAUCGGAGGAAACUCCACUCAACUCAAUCAGACGUCUUGUCGAUGUUCAGCACAUAAAGCAAUAACUAUUUCAAAUAGAGAGUUGUCACUCUAUGCAGAUGGUCUGUUGUUUUCUUCAAUAUAUAAAAUGAUUCACCUUUUUGAGUGAUUUUGAAAACUAAUAGUUGUUAAAAGUAUGUUUUUGGAUGUUUUUAAAGGGGUUUCCAGUUUCAAACCACACUUACAAAUGACAAUAACUUGACUGACAUGGCUGUUAUAUCUUUGUAUGGACAUAGUUGUUAUUGUGUAAACUUGACCUUAUUUAUUUGGCUUAGUUUACAGUUACUGACAACACACUAAAAAAAGGAAAUGUUUGACAACGAAUAUGUUUUGAUCUGUGACAAAAUGCAUAUUAUCAUCUGUUAUGAACUAAUAUUUCUUGAGCAUAAACAGUAAUUAAAGCAGAACAAACAUUUUGCAUAACAAGAGAUUAUUUUCCAACAGUAGCUCACAGUACCACCCACAGUUUGUAUUUAAACCUGUGCCAGUUGCUGUGAGGUCUGCAUGGUUCCUCCUUUUGUGUAUUUUUAAUGGUUUAUCUAUUAAGUCCUGGAAAUAUUUCAAACCCUGCGUCUUUAACCAAUGCUUUUUUUUUCCCAUCCAUGAUUUUACCUCUGCCAUCUAAUUAGCAUGUUGCCCAGGAUUCUGUAAAUGCCUUUUACCCUGUUUUUUUGCAACUUUACAAACAUAUUAAGUGUUAUGUAAAUGUUACAACAACUCAGCUGUUCAGCUUUUUCAGUACACCCUCCAGGCUUUGUGAAGGCAUCUGCGCCAGACACAUGCAGCAGCUGCAACAUCAAUAUAGGCAUAUGUUUUCUCUGAGCAGUAUGCUUUAAAAAAAAUUUUUUUUUUCCUCUAAGGUUUACUUUAAGGACUCUUUUCUUUCCUUUCUUCAAGCAGCUUGUUCAAAAUGUUCUACCAUUUUUUUUUUCAAGAAUGUGUCUUUGGUUUGAUUACUGAUGGUAUAGCAGGAUGGUUGAGAGUGUUUCAAAUGUUUACAUUCAAGGGAGUUUUUUAAUUGCUGGAGCAAUGGCGCAAUUUUGUGUCUCUAACUUUGUCACACUUGUAUUUAUGCUUAUUAGUUCUGAUCAUUUCUUCCUUAUUGACCAACAGUAACAACACUAACAAUGGUAAAUAUAUAAUGCACUUGCAUUUUGUGGUUUACAGUAACAUGUAAAGUAACUGCAGUCGUUCAGCAUUUAUUUUUUCCUUUACUUCUUGGCUUUUCUUUCUUGCGCUCUAUCCCAGUCCCAAACCUGUUAGUGUGUCUAACUGCAUUAAAUACAAAUACAAAGCCAACAUCGAUACCAAAACUCAUCCAUUACUUAGCUCUACAGACAAAUGCAGGCUUACAGUGCAGUGCUAGCAUUUCUGCAUCAGGGACCUGAUUUUCUUUGAUUAAACCAGUCUACAGUUGUCCCUUCCCCUCUCAUAACAUGUACUGUGCAUACCUAGUGCCUAGCAUACACUGUAGUCUCCACAAACAUGUACUACGUAUAUUGUUUAUGUGUGUGGCUGUACAAAAGAUGCAAGCUCCUCACAAUAAAGAUAUCACUGUCAGUUAUAUCCCACUGCAAUACUUGUAAAAAGGAGAACAAAUAAACUGUAUUUGACUACGA